UCUGUUUCCGUGGUAAGCCUCCGUUUUCAUUCGAUCAUAGAAGGUCAUUAUAGCAAGCCUAAGUAGUGGGACAAACACCGAUCUCCACUUCAGCGUAUUGAACGAGGAAGUUACCCUUAAAAUCUCUUUAGUAUGUCUUGAAGAAAGGUUCUUCGCCGUUUCUUAAUUGGUGUUUCCCAAUUUCAUACUCCAGUAGCGGCGGGGCUGUCGUUGAUCGAAGGGAAAAGGUAAUCAUUUUGUUAAAUUUAAAGGGGUUGAAACAGCAUUAUGAAUCGAUACACGUCAUCAAGGAGAUACUUGGACAUUUGCCUCUUCCAACUGCGGGCAGUGGUUAAAAACUGGUAUUAUUGAAUUAAGUUUGGUACAUAAAGGACUGUACUACGCUAAUUUAACAGUAAUUACAAACGUAGAAUUGAAAUGCGUUUUUCGUCUCUUUAACCUAACAUAGAUAACCAUUUAAACCAUUCCUUUUCAGGAAAGAACGAGUCACUUCCGCCGCGAAUUUACCGACAGUACGCCACAAAUUCUGAGGAGUUGUUGUAAACUAGAAGAAUGGCUCAAAAGUUAUGUCACGGUAAGGAUGGAGAUUGUUGCAAAAUUAGAUGCUCGGUAAAGUCAUUUUCUUAUGAGCCAAAAGUUUGUGGUAGGUAUGGUAGGGAGUUGAGAUAUUGAUAGGAGAAAGAGGAGAAGGAUGCGUUUAAACUCGUUCCGGACGAACUAGGCUGUCUGAAGCGUUGAAUUUAAUACAUUAAGCAUCAUAACAUCACAAUUCAAUCGUUAUGCUCGGUCAAAAUUUUCUCAAAUAAAUGCAUGUUUAAACUCAGUUUCUCUCGCUGAGGUCAUUACUCGUGUUUCUUUAUACAUUUUGUUGUUUUGUUGUUUGAAACGUUUUGUCGAAUCACGAGUGCUUUUAGCAAACAGAUCGGAAUUUCCUUAUCGUUAGACAAAGUAAUUUAAUGGUUCGUUGCUUUACUGAAUAAAUUUGAGCCAAAACCACCAAAAACAACUUUAAAUACUUAAAAGCAAUGUACUCUGUUAACCCACCCAGAAGCUAUUAGCCGUCAAACUAAAAAUUGAAGUCGGGAAAAGGAAAGUUAAACAUAUUUUGCAUUCGUAAUCUAGCCUUAGAUUGUGAGUAAAUGCCUCGAGUAAAACCUUCAGCUUUGGCAUUUUACCGAUUUAAUCAUGUUUAAUUAACCUUAUUAUUGUGCCUGACGUCUUGCGGCUUUCGACAUUAUGUAAUGCUUUUAGAAACUGUUAAAUCACUCAACACACACCAGUAAUCUGCUACUUUUAGUGUGUCUUUUACGAACAUUUACGUAUUGACUCGAAUACGAAUUGCUGCAUCGACCAUAUGACGACUCUCCAACUCAAUCGCUCUAUCGUUUAAGUGAUCUUCGUGACUACUGUUUUUCAUGCUUGCGUUUUAAAUCUAAAUCCUCGUUCAAACGGCCAUGAUAGUCGAUGAUAGUCGAUAUUUUAAACUCUCAUUCACCAUCAUUGACUAUUAUGUUUGCGUUCAAACGGUUCAUGAGAAUUGACGAGGGUUGACAAUCACGCGAUGAGAUCGCGUAAUUGUAAACAAGUAUGGCGCGCUAAGGUCAGCAAUUUACCCCCUUUGGACAAGCAUGUAUUCAAACGGAUUAAUUGCGCAACAAUCACCCUCCAGUAUCAGGCUCUAGGAGUUUCGAAGUUCAUUUCGCGUCAGUUAUCACAUCGAGCGUACAACAGAGAUUUUACAUUUUCUUCCCACCCACCCUCCCAUCCCGGGUGAUUUUGCGUGGUGUUGUAGGAUAGCAGAGAGGUUUAUUGAGCAUAACGUUGGCUGUUGUUUACUUUUCGUUCGUAUUCUUUAAUUUUUUUUUAUGAAUUUCUCUCUGUGCCAAAAAGCGAAUUGUGUUUUAUUUGUGUCACGGGGCGUAGUUGGGGAAUUUCAGUAGGAUUUGAAAUUUUAGUCAAGAAGUCGCGUGUUGAAGAUACUCAAGCCUACCGAGAGAUGACAAGAAUGAGCUACGAGACAUUCUGCGAAAUUUUGACGGCUGCUUUAGUCAUUUUACCAUAUUUCGGUUUGAGCCCGUUUUUGGAAAAACUGCUGACCGAAAAAUAUCAUACAAUAUCAUUUGCUCGUUCAAAUGGCAAAAACUAUCAUCAACUAUAAUGUCGAAUUUUAACAUGUCCAAACUACAUGAUAGUUGAUGAUAGUCGAUGAUAGAUCGUGUUCAAACGCGCGAGAUAGUUGAAACUAGAAUCACCUAUCAUGGCCGUUUGAACGGGGCUUAACUACGCGUGAUUCUUUUUUAUUAGUUCAUAAACAUAUAUUUUUCUGAAUCUUCUUCCUUGUUUGAAAACCCACCAUAUGUUUAAAUACUACUGGACGGCUUGCUCCCUCCUGCCGUUUAUUUGCAGCAGCUCCAGUUUGUUCUAAUUAAAAACAUGAUCCUUCUAUCAAAAGUAGAUGCCUGAUAUCCAGCUUUUAUUUUUCCCUUCAGUAGAAUCAGUUGUGUCGCUGGAUCCAUGUCAUCCGUUAACCGAAUCUGAUGUCUAUGAACGCGGGCUUCACGAGGAUAUCGGAACAAGAUGGAUGGAAUUAGCUCGAAAAUUAGGUUUUCAAAAAUCGGUGAUUGAUUCAAUAAAGAGUGAUAAUCCAUCUGAAAAGGAACGCUGCGUCGAUCUCUUAGUCAAAUGGAUGGAAAAAGAAGGCAGGGAUGAAGCCACUGCUGGUAAAUUGGCUGAGGCAUUAACAGAUAUAGGACUCAAAACUCUGGCUGAAAAAUUACUCGGUAUGUGUAUAGAAGUAAAUGGUGCUUUUCGCGCACGCUGAUUGGUUAGCUUAGAAGUGGUGAAUAGCAAGUACUAUUCACGUCCGAGCAGUCGAUGGGACAAAAUCGCGCGUCAAGAGUUUUUAAAAUUUUCUGACAAUUUUUUGGUAUAUUGCACUGAAAAAAUAAACUAUUUUUUCGUAUCUGUGGGGUAUAUACUAAAACAAUUAUUUACUUCAGUGUAGUGAAUAAUUUUUAAAGACACAGAAAGACUGAUUUUAAACCAAUACAAAUGCUUCGAAGUAAAUUCGGUGUAUAGUAAUCCGUUAAAUAAAAAUAAAUUCAACUGCUGUUUAAAGCUUCUGAUCAGUUACACGUUUUGAGCGCCUAUUGACGAAAGAACCUUGGCAGUUUUUGAACGUGUUCAUGGUCUUUUCUUGCCUGCCAACUGCAAUCGUGUCACAAAUUUGCACCUGUGUUAUAGGUUACAUUUUGUCGUACAUAUUAUUAUAAUUAUGCUACUGUACUUGUUCACAGACGCCAUAUGCAAAAUAAAGGCUCCUUUAAGUAAAAUGAGGUAUAUUUUUUUUGUCUGUUUAACGAUAUUUUGACACUGCGAGAAAAAGUAACUUUUUGAUCACCCGUUUACUGCAGGUCCAUUAAAUGGCAGAAGAAAAAUAGUGAUUGAGAUCACUGGAACCAUUAAGCUUAAUGAUAAUUACGAGGUGUGUUUUUGUCCAUUUAUUUGAAAGAGAUAUCCUUCUCUUCCUCGCUGAGAUUCUUAAAUCACUAAAAAUUUAUCACUUGGUAUUCGCAGGUCAUGCUGGGUAUCGACCGCUAUGGGAAAACUAUAUUUUUCAUGUGGGAGAGUGAGGGAAAAGAAUUUAAGACAUCCCUCGAGGUAAGCAUCAAUUUUACAGAUCCAUAUUCACUCGUUAAACAGUUAUCUCUUUCGACAUUUUCGAUCGUAAGUGAAAACGACGACAGUUCUUCAUGGUUUAUAAAGUGUUGUUUAAAAUGGUGCAUCAAUUCGUUUUUGUCUGUCGAAUUUCCAUGUUAUUCGGUAUAAUAAAAGAAAAAAACCCGUUAAUGACGCACAAAUAUCACAAGUUUUAUGAAAUUAGUAUCUAAUGGUUGCUGAUUUAUUUUAUACUGCGCUGCAGGAACUGAAGAACUAUGUUGACGCUAGCAGCCGCAUUGCUGCUGAAACUGUUGAAAUUACAGGCGAAAUGGAUUCAUCGGCAGAAAGGGCGAACAAUGGUUUUACCGAAGAGGAGCAAAGAAUUUCCAGCGAGUUGGAAGAUCUCCAAGGAAAGCUGAUGGACAUGGUGAAGAGUUUGGAGAUACCCGAAUUAAAGGGAGAUGCUUUUGCGAGGACCAGCAAGUUGGAUUUCAUCGAUAAACAAAGUCGAACUCUACAGGAGCUCUACACCGAAGUAACUGGAAUGACAAGAAAGGCUUGUAAUUGCAACCAUACCCUUAGAAGAACUUUCUACGACUUUGCCUACCACAGCCUGAGAUCACUGCAUAAUGAUCUCAGCGCUCGUCUGGGGGACCUAGAAUCGGAAAAAGAUGGCAUGACGGAGGAGGAGAAAAGAAAUCUGAAAAACCUUGUAUCGUACCGAGACGGCAGGGAAAGUCAAAUUAUUCAGCUGGAGAGACGUUGGAUACGGCUUUUCUCUCCAGUAUGUUAUCAAGGAAAAAAGUUUUAAGUUUUUUUUCAAGUUACUCCACUCUGUAAGAUGGAUUGUCAGUGUAAACCCCCUAGAAAGCGUAAAUCGUACAUGCUGUAAUUCCAAGGGUAAUUAUUCCUUCUGCUCAAAACACCAUUCUGUAUACAAUAAAAUCAGUUCACUUCCUCUGUACUAUUGAGUUUUUAGUACGUAAAACCCGUUGAGCGACUCCCUCAAUUUUUUUUAUGCUGGGAUAUUCAUUGUUAGUUGAGUCUGGAUGGGUCAUCCAUAACUGAGUUUGGGCUUUCGGAAACUAGAAGCCAAAAUACUGGAAAUUAGUGGACCAAAGAAAACUUUACUCGAUGGCUUAACAAUUAAUACGAGUGGAUAUUUUGCUUAUUACUCGCAUUUCUCCUCGGCGUUACGGGGCUUAGAAAAAAUACUACGUAAAUAUCAAAAUGUUGGCCCGUUCUAUAUAUUUAAACCAUGGAAUAAGUUAUUUUGGGUAAUGCAUUGUAUUUUCAUCGUUGUGAACUGUUUACGAGCUUUAGAAACAUCGCUCACAUAGACGAAAAGUCUCAUGCUGGAUUUAGCAAUGCACUAUGCUAUCGCCUGGUCGUGUUUUUUCAUCCCUAUUUUGUUCUUUUCAAUUUACAGGUAGAUGAGUUGAAGAAGUCUCAAACAUUCCCUUCUCAGAGACAAACCCAGAUAACAGCUCAGGUGUUUAAAAUGUUUCUUGUUUGUAUGCAUACUUUAAUUUUAUUUUCGAAAGUAUUCUCGACAUUCUUAAGAUUGUGAUUCCUUCCUUUGCAGUUUUCUGUCAGUUGCAGAAUGCACGAGCGUCUGUUCGAGUUUCAAUUCGUUUCGUCCGAUCUAUUUUUAAGAAAAAGUUUCUCUGACUGAUAAAAGUGGAACUGCUGUUGACUGGCCUCAAUUUUCUUUUGGACAGAGCGAACAGAAGGGAAGGAACACUGUAUACGAAGAUAAAUUUACGAACCCUUCCCUGCCCCCGCAAGGUUCUUUGGAAAUGACCGUGUUGUAAUGUGUAUUCAAUUUUCUCUUUUGGACAGAAUUUCAGAUUUAAUUCAGAUGGAGCCCAGCUAAAAGAUUUGAAAACAAAGGUAAGAGAUUUGUUAUCCAUGUGUAGAAUCAAAACACCCCUUAUAACAAAGUACUUAGAACAUUAGAGACUAUUUGAGUUACACCUGUGUACACAAGAUAACGUAAACCAAGGUAAACGAGAUUAAACGAUACGAGUAGGUCGACGCAACAUUUACCAACCAGAGCGAGAACAACAAUUUACGUAUAGAAAUGAUCCUUAAUUGUAGGUGAGCUGAAAUUGAAGCAAUUGCAGAAAAGAAGCCUGAAAAUUGAGUUAAAGUUACUAUAAAAUAACUCUCUUUAAUCCUUGAACUCUCAAGAUCUCAUCAGUAAUUCUCCUUACUGUCUGCCAAAUGACUCUCACUACGUUAGCCCGGAGAAUUUGGAAUCGGAUCGAUUCGUAAUCCCAUAAUUGAUAUUUUUCUCAAUUUUUAUCUCUUGCCUGCAUGAUAUUCUAUAGAUAUAGUAAGAAGAAAUUAUGUCUUGGUCACUCCCGGGAGUUAAAGGGUUAACUCUCUUGUGUUCUGAGUUGAUUAAAUUACUGCUUUUCUGCGAGUAUCAUUUUUUCACUUCAAUUUCAUUCGCAGCUCGAAUCAGAAUUUAUUUCAUCAAGAUUGUGAAUGACAAUAAUAGUGAUAACGUCGAUUAUAAGUAAAUAUUUGGAAAGCAGAAAUUGUUCUUAUGCCAAACGUUAGAUAAUCGUUUUGUAUGUCUGCUAUAAGAGAAUUAUCAACAGGAGCAUAUUUUUUUGAGCCUUGCCUUCUGAGCCUAAGUGUUCGGAGAUCGACAAAUAUGCUCCUGUCGAAAUUUAACCCUCUCACGUUAUGAUAACAUGUUCGAGGAAGCCAAUAUAAAGGUGUUCUUCUUGAAGAAGUACAGCUGGUUUAGUAGUGGGCUCAAAUAUUUACAUCCCAACAUCAGUAUGCAUAUUCUCCUUGCUGUUUGCCAUAAAAUUCCGACGGUACCGACAAGGAGAAUUUGACAAAGAGCUUUUUUAGUUGGUGAUAAUUUCCUUUAUUCUCAUGACCUUAAUGUUUGAUUUAGCGUUGAUACUGUAAGGAGAAAUUAGAUACUGGUCACUCAUAGGGGUCUAGCCCUUUAACUCCCAUCAGUGACCAAGAGAGAAUUUCUCCUUACAGUGUCAAUGCAAUGUCAAGCAGACUAGUGAUGACAAUAAAGAGAAAUAGCGAUUAGGGGAUUUUAGUUGAUCCAAUACCAAAUUCUCCAAACUAACAUCAUAAGAAUUUUGUGGCAGAUAUUAAGGAGAAUUAAUGAUGAGUUCUUGGUAGUGAAAGGGUUGAGGGUUGAUAAACUCCGACGAUACGUUUCCCAUUGCAGUCGAAGAUCCCCAGGAUAAAGAAGAAGAAAACGCAAGACAAAGCAUCUUGUGUCCUUACUUCUUACAAAACAGAUAAUGACAGAAACCAAGAUAAAGAUUCUAGGGACAAGAUAUAAGUAUCAGCCGUCGUCGUUCGUCGGGGGAUGCGAUAUUUACCUUGAUUAGAGUGGAUACUCCGGAGUUACAUUUUCCGGCACCAGAUAGUCUAAUCUUUUCUUGGUUAGCGCUACAUCCCUGGUUACAUUUUUCUCAGUUAGUGGUAUGGACAUGAAGUAAAGGCAAAGGAUUUGAGAUCUGGAUGAUCCAAGUUCAAAAUCGUCAAUGAGUAGUCCCGAUGGAGUCCAACGCCUUAAUUUGGCUUUGUAAAUAGUCAACUGGUUUGCCAUCUACCUA